AUGCCGCCUCCAAGAGCAGACGAUGAAGCUCCUCGCCAGGAUGAUUACAUCAAUGAAAGCCAUCGCAACUCCAGCAGCAAUGGCACCUUCGUCAAUGACAAUCCCAACAUUGGCGGCGAGCGUCGUAUCUCCAAGGCGACCCUUCUUCGCAACCCUCUGGCGGGCAUGACUCGAGCGGAGAUCCUUGCUGACGUCGACGCUUUUGUCGACCAAAGGGGUCUUCAGGAGCAUCGCGAGGAUUUCCGCAAGGGAGCUCUCGUCGCUCAGGUGAAUAACACACCGGGCGCAUAUGAGAGAAUCGAUAUUCUCACCGAGGAUGAAAAGGCUAUCCUCCGGAAGGAAGAGACACAUCGAUGGCAUCAACCCUUUGCUUUGUACUUCCUUUGCACUCUUUGUGCUGGAUCGGCUAUCGUGCAAGGCAUGGAUCAAACCGCCGUCAAUGGUGCUCAGGUAUUUUACUUUGCAGAGUUCGAUAUCACGAACGUAUGGAUGCAAGGUUUCCUCAACGGAGCACCAUAUCUCUGCUCUGCUCUCAUCGGCUGCUGGACCAGUCCCAUUCUCAAUAAGUAUACCGGUCGUCGCGGAACUAUCUUCAUCUCGUGUGCUAUGUCUGGCAUCACUGGCUUCUGGAUGGCUGCCUCUACCUCUGUCUGGAACCUCCUCGUAGCUCGCUUCAUGCUUGGUUUUGCCGUUGGCGCCAAGUCCAGCACCACUCCUGUCUACUCUGCCGAAUCAACACCAAAGAACAUUCGAGGUGCCCUUACAAUGAUGUGGCAGAUGUGGACUGCUUUCGGUAUCGCCCUCGGUUUCAUAGUCUGUGUCGCUUUCGAAAAGGUCACAUUCAUUGGCGGCCCCAAUUCCCCCUGGCGAUGGAUGAUGGCAUCCACCUCUGUUCCUCCGCUUCUUGUCAUGAUUCAAGUCUACUUUUGCCCCGAAAGCCCCCGAUGGUAUAUGGAACGCGGCAACUAUAGCAAGGCCUUCCGAUCUGUCCGUAGACUUCGCUUCUCCCCUGUUCAGGCAACCCGAGAUAUGUAUUACGCAUACAAAUUGCUCGAACUUGAGCGUGGUGAAAGAGAGGGGCGAAACUUGCUCAAGGAGUUCUUCACUGUCCGCCGAAACCGACGUGCUGCUCAGAGUGCCUGGUUCUGCAUGUUCAUGCAACAAUUCUGUGGCGUAAAUGUCAUCGCAUAUUACUCAACUACCAUCUUUCAGAACGCUGGCUACUCCCUUUCCGAAGCUCUCCUAGUCUCAAUGGGGGGCGGCCUAAUCAAUUUCCUCUUCGCUAUCCCAGCUAUCUAUACCAUUGAUACUUUCGGACGCCGAAACCUUCUACUCGUUACUUUCCCUCUCAUGGCAGCCUGUCUGUUUUUCACCGGCGGUGUUUUCAACAUUGAAAACGAACAAGCUCUCAUUGGCACUGUAACUACAGGCCUCUACCUCUUUAUGGCUGUCUACUCCCCCGGUCUUGGCCCCGUGCCCUUCACCUACAGUGCUGAAGCGUUCCCCUUGCACAUCCGAGACAUUGGAAUGGCAUCCAGUACUGCUAUUACAUGGGGCUUCAACUUCAUCAUCAGUUUCACUUGGCCUGCCCUGGAAGACGCAUAUGGUAUCACUGGUGCUUUCUGCUGGUACGCUGGAUGGAACAUCUUUGGUUGGGUCUUUUGUUACUUCUUCCUUCCUGAGACUAAGAACUUGACGCUUGAGGAACUCGAUAGUGUGUUUGGUGUCGGUAACAAGGAGCAUGCUUCUUACUACGCGAGGAAGUUGCCUUGGUACUUGAAGAAGUAUAUCCUUCGCACCGAUGUCCCACCAUUCCCUCCUCUGUAUGAGUUUGCGGCGAAUGAUGGUCAUUAUCCUCAGGAGAAGCCUGACACUAGGCACAUCGAGGGCAACAACCUUACUCCUGAUGCUGGGGAUAAGGAGCUUAUCAGUGAGCGCAGAUGA